AUGGAAGACAGCUCCGCGGAGAUGCCGCAAGACAUGAGCGCUCCCCCUUCAUCUACCGAAAACCAGAGGAAAGCUGGUCAGGGCACCACGGGGGACAAUGCUUCGGCCUCGAAAAGGCGCUGUGUUAGUACCGCCUGCAUCGCCUGCCGCAGACGGAAAUCAAAGUGUGAUGGCAACCUACCCAGUUGUGCUGCGUGUUCGUCCGUAUAUCACACGGCUUGUGUCUAUGACCCGAAUUCAGACCAUCGCAGGAAAGGAGUGUACAAGAAGGACACCGACACCCUCAGAACGAAGAACGCCACCCUAUUGACCCUGAUCCAGGCCCUACUCAACUAUGAAGAGGAGGAUGCCUUCGACUUGGUCCGUCAGAUCCGGUCCUGUGACAACCUGGAGGAUGUCGCGCAGUCCAUUCUCGGACAACAAAACAAGCCUUCGCUGGCUUCCGAUGCCUCGGUAGGCAGCGGGGAUGAGGCGGACCAGUUUGAGUCGGAGUUGUCGGGCAAGAUGAGUGAACUCAUGUUGGACGGUUCUCGGAAAUUCAUCGGUGGCACGUCUAACCUCAUAUUCUUGCCGCCCGGCUCGGAGCUGAAUGAAUUCAACCCCAAUGCGAACAACCAGGAACCGGGCCAGGGUACUGAUGCCUCGGUGUCCCAGUGGACCAGAGUCACUGAUGAUGAGAAAUUAAUAAGUCAUCUCAUGACCAUGUACUUCACCUGGCAUUAUCCCUUCUUCACGACUCUGUCCAAAGAUCUCUUCUACCGAGAUUAUGUUCGGGGAAUCUCCAGCCAAUAUUGCUCGUCAUUACUGGUCAACACGAUGUUAGCCCUGGGCUGCCACUUCAGUUCCUGGGAAGGAGCUCGUGAGGAUCCGGGGAAUUCAGCGACGGCCGGCGAUCAUUUCUUCAAAGAAGCCAAGCGAUUGUUCUUCGAGAACGAUGAGCAUGCAAAUGCCAAACUCUGCACGGUCCAAGCAUUGGCUUUGAUGUCCGUUCGCGAGGCUGGAUGUGGCCGCGAAAGCAAGGGCUGGGUCUACAGUGGGAUGAGUUUCCGUAUGGUGUCUGACUUGGGCUUGAACUUCGACUCUACCAGCCUUGGAGUGCGUAAUUUGAGUGAGGAAGAGAUUGAUGCGCGCCGGAUCACCUUCUGGGGAUGCUUUCUCUUUGACCAAUGCUGGUCCAACUAUCUCGGGCGUCAGCCGCAAUGGACAGUGGGAAACGUUGGCGUCUCUAUGACCGAGAUUUUCCCUAACGAGGAUGCCGCCCUAUGGUCGGCCUAUACGGAUACUGGAGCCAUCCAUGACCAUACUCAGCCCUCGCGGACCCGCGCAAUUGCCGUACAGAUAUCCAAGUUGUGUGAGAUCAAUGGUGACUUGCUUGUUUUCUUCUACGAUCCCAAGCCCAAGGACAAGCUUUCUUCCAAACAAGCCGAGCUUAAGAAACUUAGUGAGAUCCACACCAGGCUCGAAGCGUGGAAGAAGAACUUGCCAAAGGAACUUGGCCCGCAGGACGGGCAGCUUCCUCAGGCACUCCUCAUGCAUAUGUUCUAUCAACUCCUUCUGAUACACCUCUACCGUCCCUUCCUGAAGUACACAAGAUCCAGCUCGCCACUCCCUCAACAUGUCUCUCCGCGCAAGCUGUGCACCCAAGCAGCUUCAACAAUUUCGAAGUUAUUAAGGAUGUAUAAACGCACGUACGGGUUCAAACAGAUUUGCAACGUUGCGGUAUACAUGGCGCAUACCGCGCUCACGGUUCACCUUCUCAAUCUUCCCGACAAAAAUGCCCAACGAGAUGUCGCGCACGGCCUUCGUCAUUUAGAAGAAAUGGGUGAAAGCUGGCUCUGCGCACGCCGUACGCUGAGAAUCUUGGAGAUCUCAGCUAACAAGUGGCAUGUCGAAUUGCCCAAAGAGGCCGUUGCUACGUUUGAAAAUACUCAUGUUCGAUGGGGUUCAUGGGGUUCGUGGGAUCAAGCUUUGUCCCCUCUGGCAUCCGAAGAUUCCCCGCCCAUGGUAUCUAUGUCAUACCCUGACUCGAAGUCCAACAGUGUUGGCCUUCCUUUACCGCCACGGCAUGCUGCCAUGGGUGGGCAUGGCGCCGGUCCUGUAACCAGAACACCGGCCACUACAACCGGAGCAAUGGGCCCGCACUACACGCCGGAUCUUCCAGUUCCUGUUUCUGCGUCAGCUAUGCGUGCCGUCCAGCGUUCUUUGAACGCCCAGCUUGCGCAAGAAACCACCCGGUUUCCUGAGCCGACCUACCUCCGGCCUGUGGCCCAGGCUUAUGCGCAAUACCGAAAUAUACCAUUUACCCAGGGUGAUAUGUGGUACAAUAAUGAUAACAUGCGUGCGUUCAGCACUGGUCAAGAUAAUUCUCCGGCAACCACCACAUCGCCCGCCAACGGGUAUGGUGGCUCGGAGAACCUGGUGGAAGAGAGUCAGGAUUGGUGGACUCGAGAAUCGCAACGCCUUAAUUUUGGAAUGGACAAUUGGGUGCCGGAGUGGACUUCUGGCAUGCCCAGCAGGGCGCAGGGAGUGAAUCCAGGUAGUAGUUAUCCCUCGAAUAUCGGGCAGACAUCGGCGCCGGAGAGCGCUCCGAGCCCGCCACAAACCAUGAGAUUUGCAGUCGGUGCUCCAGCUGGCACCAGUCAUUCAAAUCAGCCGCCCACAAUCCCUGGCUAUAGCAAUCUGCCCACCCCGGAGGAUUACCCCAUACAGUGA